UGGAAAGAUCAAGUGAAGAGUUUCAUUUCAGUGGUCUGAAAAUCAAAUUGAUGUUUGACAAAAAACUUUGGAAAAACAUAUGAAAGUAAAAGUCUAAAAAACAAAUAAAUAAAAACAAAACAAAACUUAACCCACCAAAUAACAAAACAAAAAAAAUUAAAUUGUGAUAAUUUCAUUUGUGAUAACCAAAUCUGAAUCGUGCAAAAAAAAAACACACACUUUUUUACACGAUAAAUAACUGAUAUAAAAAAACAAAAAAAAAUCAAUAAAUUGAUUCCAAAGGUUUUCUAUUUUACCAUUUGAAAGAAAUAUAUAAAAAAUACAAGCAAAAUGCCUGAGCUCAUCGAACAAAGCAAAAUUAUCUCUGGCAAUGUCUGCGGCUUGCCCCAAUUGCAUAAACUCCGUCAGGAUAAUUGUGGCCUUUAUAGCCAUAUUCGUGGCAUUCCCAUCUCGUAUGGCGAUGUGAAUGCCUUGACUGCUGGAGUCCGCAAUUUCGUGGAGGAAGGCAUCGCUCUGUGCCAGCCCGAUCAGGUGCACAUUUGCGAUGGCAGCGAGCAGGAGAACAAGCUCCUGAUCAAGUCCAUGCUGGAGGCUGGCACCAUUGUUGCCCUGCCCAAGUAUGAGAACUGCUGGUUGGCUCGCACCAAUCCCGCUGAUGUGGCCCGCGUGGAAUCGCGCACCUUCAUCUGCACUGAGGAGCGUGAAGAGACCAUUCCCACGCCCACUGAGGGUGUGAAGGGUACUCUGGGUAACUGGAUUUCACCAUCGGACAUGGAGGCAGCGAUUCAGCAACGUUUCCCCGGCUGCAUGAAGGGACGCACCAUGUUUGUGGUACCCUUCAGCAUGGGUCCAGUGGGUUCUCCGCUCUCCAAGAUCGGCAUUGAGCUGACCGAUUCUCCUUAUGUGGUGGCCUCCAUGCGCAUUAUGACCCGCAUGGGAGCCGCUGUGCUCCAGCAAUUGGCCAAGAAGGAGGAAUUUGUACGUGCUCUGCAUUCGGUUGGCACUCCAGCCAAUGGACAAGUGGAGCAGGAAUCCUGGCCCUGUGAUCCUGAGCGCACUAUCAUCUUGCACAAACCCGCUGAGAACUUGAUCGUCUCCUAUGGCUCUGGCUAUGGUGGCAACUCUCUUCUGGGCAAGAAAUGCUUCGCCCUGCGAAUUGGCAGCACCAUUGCCAAGCGUGAAGGUUGGCUAGCCGAACACAUGCUCAUUCUGGGCAUCACCGAUCCCAAGGGUGUCAAGAAAUACAUCACCGCUGCCUUCCCAUCGGCCUGUGGCAAGACCAACUUGGCCAUGUUGAACCCAUCGCUGUCGGACUACAAAGUGGAGUGUGUUGGCGAUGACAUUGCCUGGAUGAAGUUUGAUUCACAGGGUGUCCUGCGUGCCAUCAAUCCGGAGAAUGGCUUCUUUGGUGUUGCCCCGGGAACCUCCAUGGAAACGAAUCCCAUUGCCAUGAACACCGUGUUCAAGAAUACCAUCUUUACAAAUGUGGCCUCCACCUCGGAUGGUGGCGUCUUCUGGGAAGGUAUGGAGAGCAGUCUGGCUCCCAAUGUUCAGAUUACCGAUUGGUUGGGCAAACCCUGGUCCAAGGAGUCUGGCAAGCCAGCCGCUCAUCCCAAUUCUCGCUUCUGCACUCCCGCCUCUCAGUGCCCCAUUAUCGAUGAAGCCUGGGAAGAUCCAGCUGGUGUUCCCAUCUCUGCCAUGCUUUUCGGUGGUCGUCGUCCAGCUGGCGUUCCCCUCAUCUAUGAGGCUCGCGACUGGACUCACGGUGUCUUCAUUGGCGCUGCCAUGAAGAGCGAAGCCACAGCCGCAGCCGAGCACAAGGGAAAGGUCAUCAUGCAUGAUCCCUUCGCCAUGCGUCCAUUCUUUGGCUACAACUUUGGUGACUACGUGGCCCACUGGUUGAGCAUGGAGAAACGCGGUCAAGUGCCCAAGAUCUUCCAUGUCAACUGGUUCCGCAAGAGCAAUGAGGGCAAAUUCAUGUGGCCCGGAUACGGAGAGAACUCUCGCGUUCUCGAAUGGAUUCUGCGUCGUGUGAAUGGUGAAGCCUGCUUCAAGGAUUCCGCCAUUGGCUAUAUUCCCGCUGAGGGAUCCCUCAAUUUAAAGGGCAUGAAGGAACAAAUCGAUGUGGAGCAAUUGUUCUCCUUGCCCCAAGACUUCUGGCAACAGGAAGUGGAAGAGAUUCGCAACUAUUUCGAGUCGCAGGUGGGCAAAGAUUUGCCCGCUAGCAUCUACAAGGAAUUGGAGCAGCUCACCAGUCGCAUUGCCCAACUGUAAAUUAUACCAGAAAAAGAUGAGAAUUUAUAUAGGACAUCUUUACCCGCCUAUCCAUCAACAUGUUUCCAACACACAUACAUUUUUAUAUAUACAUAUAUACAGGAACACUCUAACAAAUCCUAUAUCCAAACCUGAUAAUCCCUUUUGAAAGUCGUUUCUAUAGCAUUUAAGUUGAAAAACUUCCCAAAACUAUUUAUUUUAUAAGUCAUUUUUAAGGUUUAGCUUUAAGAUGAGAUUAUACAAAAAGAAAAAAAACCUAAAAAAAACAAAAAAUAAAACUAAAUGAUUUUAUAUACAAGAAAA